AGGCCAAGCCGGCUUGAGCUGCUCUACCGCUCUUGUUCUCAGAAGCUACCUGCCCACAACGCAAGAAUUGGUCUAAUGGAGCAAAGGCAGUCAGCACAGCUCGGUACGGCAAGGCAACAAUGCGACCAGAGUGCAUACAGCACGGAUCGCACUGGAAAUUUGACACAGCACCAGAGAACACACACAGGAGAGAAACCCUUCAAGUGCACUGUGUGUGGGAAGGCAUUUCCACUGUCAUCUGUUCUUAAAAAAACACCAGAGAACACACACGGGAGAGAAACCCUUCAAGUGCAGUGUGUGUAGCAUGGCAUUUUCACAGUCGUAUCAUCUUGAAAAUCACAAGAGAACACACACAGGAGAGAAACCCUUCAGGUGCUUUCUGUGCGGGAAAACGUUUGCAAAGUCACAAACUCUUCAAAGACACCAGAGAACACACACGGGAGAGAAACCCUUCAAGUGCAGUGUGUGUGGGAAGGCAUUUUCACAGUCACAUAAUAUUGUAAUACACCAGAGAACACACACUGGAGUGAAACCUUUCAGGUGCACGAUUUGCGGGAAGGCGUUUGCACAAGCAUCCGUUGUUCAGGCCCACCAGAGAACACACACAGGAGAGAAACCCUUCAAGUGCACUGUGUGUGGGAAGGCAUUUUGUCAGUCAUCUACUCUUAAAAAUCAUCAGAGAACACACACAGGAGAGAAACUCUUCAAUUGCACU